CGCCAACCUGUCCGUGAGGUCACCCUGGAAGGGACGUGUCCUGGGAGGAGAAUGAUUGAGGAAAGUGGGAACAAGCGGAAGACCAUGGCAGAGAAGAGGCAGCUGUUCAUAGAAAUGCGUGCUCAGAAUUUUGAUGUCAUACGACUAUCAACUUACAGAACAGCUUGCAAAUUGCGAUUUGUACAAAAACGAUGCAACCUUCAUCUUGUUGAUAUCUGGAACAUGAUUGAAGCCUUCCGAGACAAUGGCCUUAAUACACUGGACCAUACCACAGAGAUCAGUGUGUCCCGCCUCGAAACUGUCAUCUCAUCCAUCUACUAUCAGUUGAACAAGCGCCUUCCUUCUACUCACCAAAUCAGUGUGGAACAGUCUAUCAGCCUCCUCCUCAACUUUAUGAUUGCUGCAUAUGACAGGCUA